AUGAGCACGCCGUACUUGGGGGUGACGCCGCCCAUCUCGCUCGCGGGUCCGACCGAGAAGGACGUCGAGAUUUCCAAGAACCUGGAGGCUGAGCUGCGUGCGCAGAAUGUGUUUGAGUCGAACGAGGAAGCCAAGCUGCGCGAGGUGGUUUUGGGCCGCGUCGAUGCGAUCGUGAAAGAGUUUGUGUACCGCGCGUCGAUCGCGCAUGGACUGCCAGAGAGUGCGGCGCGGAAUGCGGGCGGAAAGAUCUUUACGUUUGGCUCGUACCGCCUCGGUGUGCACGGCCCCGGCUCGGAUAUCGAUACGUUGUGUGUGGCCCCGAAGCACGUCCAGCGCGAGGACUUUUUUACCAUCUUUGAGGCGCUGCUCAAGGACCGCGAAGAGAUUUCCGAGCUGGCCAGCGUGCCAGAGGCCUACGUGCCGCUGAUCAAGACCAAGUUUAUGGGCAUCUCGAUCGAUUUCCUCUUCUCGCGCAUUGCGCUCCCGCGCAUCGACGACGCGCUCGAGCUGAAGGACGACAAUUUGCUCAAGAACCUCGACGAGCGCGAUGUGCGUUCGCUCGGUGGCUCGCGUGUCACGGACGAGAUCCUGCGUCUCGUGCCGGACGUGCACGUAUUCCGCAUGGCGCUGCGCUGCAUCAAGCUGUGGGCGAGUCGACGAGCAAUCUACUCCAACGUCCUUGGUUUCUUGGGUGGUGUGGCGUGGGCCAUGCUGGUCGCGCGCAUCUGCCAGCUCUAUCCGAAUGAGAGCGCGGGGCCGAUCGUGAGCCGCUUCUUUAUCAUUAUGCACCAGUGGAAGUGGCCCCAGCCAGUCUUGCUGAAAAACAUUGAAGAGGGGCCGCUCCCGGUGCGUGUGUGGAACCCACGGCUGUACCCAACGGAUCGGCUGCACCGCAUGCCGAUCAUCACGCCUGCGUACCCGUCCAUGUGCGCGACGCACAACGUGUCGCAAUCGACGCAGAUGGUCAUGACGCAAGAGUUUCUGCGUGGCUCCGAGAUUGUCGACCGUGUCUUCCAGGGCAAGGGGCAGUGGUCCGAGCUGUUUGAAAAGCACGACUUUUUCCACAAAUACAAGUACUACCUGCAGGUUAUUGCCUCGUCGGGAUCGGCCGACCUGCAGCUCAAAUGGCAGGGCACGGUCGAGUCGCGCCUGCGCCAGCUCAUCAUGAAGCUCGAGCUGGUGCCUACAUUGCUGUGUGCGCAUCCUUACGUCAAGGGAUUCAACCAAGAGUCGCUCUGCUUUACCGACGAAGAGGUGCGGCAGGUCGCCACCGGCGACAUCCCAGACGCGGUCGCGGAGCGCACCAAGGUCAAGGACCUUCCGGCCGAGGGCGAGGCCGCGAAGGAGAAGGAUGAAGAGGUACAGGAGCUCGACGCAGACAAGGGGCGCCGUACCAUUUAUACCACCACCUUCUACAUCGGCCUCAAGAUCGAGUCCAGACAGGCGACCGACGGACCGACACGCCGCCUGGACAUUUCGUAUCCUACGAUCGACUUUACGCAAAAGGUCAAGCAGUGGGACCAGUUCGACGAGUCGGCCAUGGGGAUUAUCGUGCGCCAUAUCAAGGGGACCAACCUGCCGGAGUAUGUAUUCGAUGGAGAUACACGCCCGCGGAAGGUCGCGUCGAAGCGCACCAAGAACAAGCACGCGGAUGCGGCCGACGACUCGACGGCAAAGAAGGCCAAGGCUGACGUACCGGUCGACCCCACCCCGGCCGAGGCUGCUGCGCUAGCACAGUAG